UGGCCUAUAAAAGCUCAGACACUCGAUUCUGUCUAAAAAGAAAACAUCAAUUAGUCAUUAAAGAAGACAGACAUGGCAAAAGCAGAGCCGAGUAGCAGAGAGAAAAGGUGGUCUCUCAAGGGAAUGACUGCUCUUGUCACUGGAGGAACCAAAGGCAUAGGACAUGCUAUAGUGGAAGAAUUAGCAGAAUUUGGGGCAGCUGUGCACACAUGUUCUCGCAACCAGAAAGAGCUUGAUCAGUGUUUACAAAAAUGGCAAAGCAAAGGCUUCAAAGUAACUGGAUCUGUUUGCGACGUAUCAAUUCGAGCCCAAAGGGGAAAGCUUAUAGAGACAGUUUCCUCCAUCUUUGAUCGAAAGCUGAACAUUCUUGUCAACAACGCAGCGACAAAUACAUUUAAAGAAGCCUUAAAGGAUACUGCUGAAGACAUUUCGACUGUUAUGAGUACAAAUUUUGAGUCUGCAUAUCAUCUAAGCCAGCUUUCACAUCCUCUCUUAAAGGCAUCACAAAAUGGUAGUAUUGUAAAUAUCUCUUCCAUUGCAACCAUAAUUGCUGUCCCUCGUUGUGCUGUCCAUGCUGCAUCCAAAGGAGCAAUGCAGCAAAUUACAAAAAAUUUGGCAUGUGAAUGGGCAAAGGACAUGAUUCGAGUUAAUGCAAUUUUACCAGGAUUAGUAGAUACCCCUCUCUUAGAUUAUGCAAAGAAAAUUUCGGGAAGUUCUGAAGAUAUGGAGUGUUUAACUCGUGCUAUCCCCCUCUCCCGAGAAGGAAAACCUGAAGAGAUAGCAUCAGUGGUGGCGUUCCUUUGUUUUCCGGCUUCUUCAUACAUCACUGGCCAAAAUAUAAUUGUUGAUGGAGGAUGUACUGUGAAUGGCUUCUAAGUUUUUCCCAAACAAUAAAAAUAAAAUAAAUGUUUUGUUUUAUUCUGAAUUAGACUAUAUAUAUAUAUUUACUUUAGUAAUUGAAUACAUUUAAAUAAAAUUUCAAUUCGCUGAGAAACCAGAUGUAAUGUCUUUAUUUUAUUAUUAAACGUGUUACCGCA